CUAUCAAUCGUUGUACGUGCGAGCGUUACAAGCAACAACAUGUCUGAUCCAGUUGAAGUAGAGCAAAUGUCUGAAACUAAGCCCCGCAAGAUGGCUUUACCCACUUCGCUCGAUAAGGAUGCGAUUCGCGAGGCGUACGAGGAGGUACGCUCGAACCUGAGCGAUCACGAAUGGGCCGUGUUCAAGUUCGACGGGCUGAAAAUUGUCUGCUCUGCCAAGGGCCAAGGGUUCGACGAGUUCUGCGGCGAGUUUCACGAUGACGAGCGUGCGUUUGGCUACAUCCGGAUACAGAUGGGCGACGAAAUGUCGAAGCGCAGCAAAUUUCUCUUCCUGACCUGGAUCGGACCGGAGGUGGGCGUGAUGCAGCGUGCCAAAAUGUCCACCGACAAGUCUAUCAUCAAGGAUGUGAUCAAUAACUUUGCGGUCGAGCUGCAGGUGGAAACGAGCGUCGAUCUGGAUCUGGAGAUGUUUAAGGCGCAUCUGAACAAGGCGGGCGGUGCUAACUAUGGCACCGGUGUGCGGGAGCUGUAAAAU